AGGUAAGGUGAUAUCCGAGACUGCAUCACUGGGAGAUCAUGGAUAAGAAGCAAGUUGUCAUCGUCGGAGCCGGAAUCAGCGGCCUGCUCGCCUGCAAAUACUGUCUCUCCAAAGGAUUGAACCCGACUGUGUUCGAUUUAGAAUCCGGCAUUGGUGGUGUAUGGGCUAAAACCAUCAAAACCACAAGGCUCCAAGCACCUAAAGAUUUGUACCAGUUUUCUGACUUCCCAUGGCCGGAUUCCGUUGUCGACGUUUUCCCAACCCACCAACAGAUGCUAGAGUACUUCCACUCAUACGCCACACGCUUUGAUCUCAUGCCCCACAUCAAACUACAAUCCCGUGUGAGCAGCAUCAGCUACGACGGACCAUCAUCGCAGGCAUGGUCUCUCUGGAAUGGCAUCGGUGAAAUGUCUUCGUCUAAAGGCAAGUGGAAUGUCACUGUCACGGACACUAGAACCACCACCACCCAGGUCUACAUUGCCGACUUUGUGAUUCUUUGUUUGGGACGGUUCAAAGAUGUACCAAACAUGCCUAAAUUCCCUGUCGGAAAAGGCCUAGAAAUAUUUCGAGGGAAAGCCAUACACUCCAUGGAAUACGCAGCCAUGGAUGACGACAAAGCUGAAGCGUUCGUGAAAGGGAAGAAGGUUGUCAUUGUGGGGUUCGGGAAAACAGGACUCGACAUUGCAAGGGAGUGCGCAUCCAUCAACGGCCCGGAACAUCCAUGCACGAUAGUUUACCGGCGUGAUCAUUGGAAAUUACCGGACUGGGCUCCAUGGGGAAUCCCAUUGACGUAUUUAUACUUCAAUCGAUUCUCAGAGCUUUUAGUUCAUAAACCCGGAGAAGGUUUCGUGCUUAAUCUGCUGGCUACAUUACUUUCACCUCUACGUUGGGGAGUCUCAAAAUUCGUGGAAAGCUACAUAAAAAACAAGCUUCCACUCGCCAAGUUUGACAUGGUGCCACAACAUAGCUUCGAAAAAGACACCCGCUCGUGUUUGAUUCUAUACAUGCCAGAACCUGACAACUUCUUUGAUGCAGUUGAGGAAAAAAGCAUCAAGUUAAAGAAAUCCCAAAGUUUUUGCUUUUAUGAAAACGGGAUUUCUAUCGAUGAGGACAACACACAGAUAGAAGCAGACGCUGUUAUUUUUGCUACAGGAUUCAAAGGUGAAAAAAAACUCAAAAAUAUAUUUGGAUCAUCAACAUUUGGUCACUUCAUUGCAGGCUCGCCGCGUGUCCCACUUUACAGGGAAUGCAUUCAUCCACAGAUACCUCAAUUAGCAGUAAUUGGGUACUCUGAAAGUCUUUCCAAUAUAUAUACUUCCGAAAUGAGGGCUAAAUGGGUGGCAGCGUUGCUUGAAGGCGUGUUUAAGCUACCGAGUGUUAACGAGAUGGAGAAAGAUAUUGCAAGAUGGGAUGAAUACAUGAAACAAUCAACUGAGGAAUAUCAUUAUCGGUCGUCAGUUGGUGCUUUAGAAAUUUGGUAUAAUGAUCAGUUGUGUAAAGACAUGGGCAUGAACCGGCUGAGAAAAAAUGGACUCUUUGCUAACCUUUUUGAGCCUCAUGGUCCCUUGGACUACGUCAAAGUACCCUAAACCAAAUCCAUUUUCUCCAACAAUAUUGUUUUUAAAACUAAUAGUUUUGAAGAGUAUUCUACUUGUCAGUCACUGGUUUAACCGAUCAAAAUGGGAGACCUGAUUCUAAAAACACGAUUAAUAUAUUAUAUAUAUAUUUGUGUGUGUUAAUUAUUAUGUAAUUUACCCAUUGAUAUAUUACUGUUUUGUUGGUUUUGUGAA